UAGAAACAGUGCUGCGCAAAUGCAAUUAAGGUAAACAUUGAUGGGGAUAUCCGUUUGAGUAAGUCCUUUGAGUGCUGUCGCAAGUGAGAUGAAAGGAGUAUGAGAGACCUGCACCUUUUCUAAAGGACCUUGUUCCCUUAGAUCAGAUGUGUUUAAAUGUUGUGUUAUAUAGUACCCAUCCUAUGUUACAUGAGACAUAUAAUUAUAUCAGGCAAGAUACAGCCUCAACAAUGAAUGUGUUUAUGAGGAAAUGCAGGUUUUGGCAUGGGAUUUCUAGCCACACCCCUGUUGCAAUGACACAUGUCUCUGUCUGAGAGCUUCCUGUCUGUCUCAGGUGUUUAUUGUUUAAGGCCUCGCGGCUUAGUCUAAACUUUGCCGAGGACCAGCGCACGAUUCAAUAGUGUUGGAAAGAAAGUGGCAGUGCACUCAGCUGGAUAGUCCUACAUUAUGCAUGGAGCAGCAGCAGCAGGUUCAUCAUGUUCUCACGUUCACACGCUCAGACCUGCUUUUAUCAGAUACAAACACAGAAGGCCUUUGGAACCUGCCGCCUAUAAAUUGAGAAAAUGCAGCAUCUGAGAAACGUAUGCGUUCACAAAAGAAAAGCAAUCCUCAAGUACAGCAGCUUCUCCUGUAAUGGCCUGACGGGGCUUUAUUGUCUGUUAAUAGGUUUAGUAUGCUGCAUUUGGAUAUUUCUAUCCUGUCUCCUAAUAGGAUUACACCUAAAGAAGCGAGCUUGGCUAGAACAACAAACUCACUCUCCCCACCUAUUGAACCUCUGUCAAUUAACUGACCCUGUGGUAUUUUGAGGCUUUUAAGUAUUUUUUAUUGGAAGGAAUUUAAAUGGAAGGAGUGUCGUCAUUUUAAAGUCAUCAGGGGACAUGCAAGACUGUUAUCUGAGGUCUGGAGUGGAGGGUUCUCAUUGACUCGGUGGCUGCCUUCUCAAUUGAGACACCUGUGGCAACAAGCUGGUUGGACCCAGCCGGGCUGUCCUCGUCCUCGGGGUUGUUGUCUUUUUGGUCAUUCAGGCAGACUUUGAACUGAAUCAAAUCAAAACCUCAAAGUAAAAACAGCUAUGGGAGUACCCAACUCCAGGGAAUACAACUACUAUCAAGCGCCAAACACACCCUUUAGGAUUUUGCUGAAAAGACGUAAUGAGCCCCUCAAGAAGGAGCGUCCAAAGUGGAAGAGUGAGUACCCGAUGACGGAGGGCCAGCUGAGGAGUAAGCGGGAUGAGUUUUGGGAUACGGCUCCUGCCUUUGAUGGACGAAAAGAGAUUUGGGACGCACUCAGAGCAGCAGCCCUGGCUGCAGAGUGCAAUGACCUGGAGCUAGCACAGGCAAUAGUGGAUGGAGCCUGCAUUACUGUUCCCCAUGGUUCCCUCACGGAGAGUUACGAUGAACUGGGCAAUCGCUACCAGCUCCCGGCCUACACAUUAGCCCCGCCUGUCAAUCUAAUCUCUGAAACGUCCAGUGAGAGCAAAGUCUCCGACUCCGCUCAAAAACAAGCUCAACCGCCCCCGUGCAGACAAGAGUUCCAGCUGCGGGUUCGAUUGUCAACAGGCAAGGAUUUGCGUCUAACUGCCAGCAUGGCAGACUCCAUCGCUGAGCUAAAGAAACAAUUGGAAAAACAGGAAGAAAUUUGCAUUUCACGCCAGAGGUGGUUCUUUUCCGGGAAGCUCCUGACUGACAAGACUCGUCUUCAAGACGCCAAGAUCCAGAAGGACUUUGUCGUGCAAGUGAUUCUUAAUAUGAACUCUCCUGUCGUAGUAAACUGAUUAGUGAGAGAGUGGGCUUUGGUGAGAGGAACAUAUAAAAGACGUGCCAGAGAAGGGGGGCAGAAGUAGGGCUUGAAAUCAUUGCAGUGGAUUUUGUGUACAUUUUUAUAUAACAAAUUACUGCUUUUAUAUUGCUCCUUUUUGUAUGUUUUACUUUUUCCAAAUGAAGUAAGAAUAUUUAAAAGCACUGAAACACUUUAGAUUAGCAGUACAGUCCUAAAAUGCACAUCCCAGUGUCUUACAGUCUUGUUUUUGUGGAUAUCAACUCACAAUUCUAUUGUUUAAACGGGUCCCCUCCUUGUUGUGUUUGUACUUGUGCUUCAACUGAACAUGGUUCACCUGAGGUUCAGAAGAAUGAAAAUACAUUCCUCUUUUUUUGACAGAUGUCAGUUGAGAAUCAAAACGAUGUUGGCAAAAAAAAUGUAGCAAAAAAUAAAAAUGUAAAUAUCUGUUUCCAUAUGUGUUGUUUGGUACCUACGUGCACACUACAUUUUCAAUUCACACCUGUAUAUCUGUUAUUAAGAAACGGGGUGUUAUGAAAGCACCUUUGUAAAAGCUAAUAAGAGAUGAUGAGGUUUGUUUUUUAUGGUAUCACUCCAAAAAGAUACUGUAGUCUUCUGUACAAUAUGAUGCUCACUGUACUUGGAUAAAUUGUCAAUAAAUA